AUGGCGGGAAUACCACCUAAAUGCAAGUUACCAACAUUCACCAACAUCUUUGAUGAAACAACCUGUGCGAUACAACACAUAAAAGCCUAUGUCCGAACUUUAUUGCAAUGGGAAUAUCAUGAUGCGGUUCUUUGCAAGUAUUUUCCGGCAAGCUUGUCAGGAGAAGCUUUGAAGUGGUUUGAAGGUCUACCUACUAAAACAAUCAGAUCAUUCAAUCAUUUACAGUCAAUAUUCCUAGGAGCAUACAUCAACAAUAAUGUAUUACGACCAGGCAUAAAACAAGUAUUUGGUUUGCAAAGAAGAACAAAUAAAGAUCUGCGAAGUUUAACCACAAGAUGGAGAACCAUGUGCAGUGAAAUUGCUGGACGAGUGGAUGAAAGAAACCUCAUAUUAGCGUUCAUCAAUGCACUCUUCGCAACAGAUUUGUUAUACACACAAAUUUUCAGAAUUAAAGAAACCAUAUCAAUGACAGAGCUACGCGAGUAUCAAGAAGAAUACAUCGCUCUUGAGCAAAAGCAGAAAGAAAUGGAAUAUUAUCAUGUGGCAAAUACAAGCACAAAAGGCGAUAAAUGA